CUUCCAGGAGCAGAGACAGGCAGCACGGACCUCGCCACCGCGUGCAGAGGCCGCCUCGCAGCCUCGGGAGAAGAGGCCCGGCCAUUGAUGCGUUUGCCUUGGGCGUCGGGGACGCCGUGAAGCAGGAGGCGACCAUGGGUCAGAAGGUCACCGGAGGGAUCAAGACGGUGGACAUGAGGGACCCCACGUACCGGCCCCUGAAGCAGGAGCUCCAGGGCCUGGACUACUGCAAGCCCACCCGCCUGGAGCUGCUGCUGGACAUGCCGCCCGUGUCCUACGAGGUCCAGCUCCUCCACUCGUGGAACAACAACGACCGCUCGCUCAACGUCUUCGUCAAGGAGGAUGACAAGCUGAUCUUUCACCGGCAUCCGGUGGCCCAGAGCACGGACGCCAUCAGGGGCAAGGUCGGGUACACGCGGGGGCUGCACGUGUGGCAGAUCACGUGGGCCAUGCGGCAGCGGGGCAACCACGACGGCAAAAACCAGCCGAGCAAGACUUACCCGGCCUUUCACUCCGUCGGCUACACGACCCUCGUGGGCAACAACCACGAGUCCUGGGGCUGGGACUUGGGGCGCAACCGGCUCUACCACGACGGCAAAAACCAGCCGAGCAAGACUUACCCGGCCUUUCUGGAGCCGGACGAGACGUUCAUUGUCCCCGACUCUUUCCUGGUGGCCCUGGACAUGGACGACGGGACCCUGAGCUUCAUUGUGGACGGACAGUACAUGGGCGUGGCUUUUCGGGGACUCAAAGGCAAAAAACUGUAUCCUGUCGUGAGCGCCGUCUGGGGCCACUGUGAGAUCCGCAUGCGCUACUUGAACGGACUCGACCGUAAGUGUCUCCUGCACCCUCCCAGGCGGCCCCGCCCCCGGCCUCCUGUGUCCGUGGGAUCCUGGGUGGGCCUGGCCAGGCGUCUGUGCAGUCCUUGGGGUUACAGUGUCUUUCAGUAGACACCCCAGCAUCCUCAGGUCCUCAGAGGCGACGCUUGCUUGCCUCUGGUUAAAUGGAAAGUUCUCGCUGGAGUCUGCCGGCCAACCUGGCAGCACCUUGUGGAUGAAUGAACAGGUAGUUGGAUAGAUAGGUGGGUGGCAGGUUUGAUGGAUGGAUGAUGGAUGGAUGGAUGAUGGAUGGAUGAGUAAUGAAUGA